AUGCUCAGUGACCCCUGGGCCAAGCAGCCCAUCCUCCUGCACCAAGAUUACGAUGUCUGCAUGGACCAUAGUGCGCUCUGCCUGGGUGCCGCACUGCGCAGGUCACAGGACAGUUGCAAUGUCAUACAGCCUUCAGCUGAGCUGGAACAGGGGCCCAGCCUGGGGAAGCCCUGCCCUGGCCUCCUCCAGACCCACUUCCCUCCCAGGCCAGCCGAGGUCCUGUCCCCAGGGGAGGGGAGGCGGGAGACAGCACCCAGGAAUCACUACAUAAGUUAUUACCUGCCGGCCAAGACUCCAGACAAAUGCGGGUGUCUCCCAGCGGUCCUGAUGACAGCGGGCGCCACAGGACAAUGCCCACCUCACCCACCCCACCCCCAGCUACUCUGUGAGCAGACGCUCCUUCUCAGGGCUGAGGCAGGAAGCAAAGAGGGCCAAGGGGACAAAGAGAAGGAAGGGAACGUCACCGAUGGCUUCACCCAUGUGAUUACAUGGGCCACUGGAGAUCACUUGGCAUUGAGCUGUGAUGUUGCCAAAGAACAUGAUGUUCAAAACACAUUUGAAGAGAUAGAGAAAAAUUCAGGUCGAGUUAAUUCCUUGGUAAAUGCAGCUGGAAUUAACAGGGAUAACCUCUUAGUAAGGACAAACGCCGAAGAUAUGCUAUCUCAGCUUCAUACUAAGCUCUUGGGCUCCGUGCUGACCUGUAGAGCUGCCGUGAAGACAAUGAUUAAACAGCAGACAGGGUCCAUUGUGAAUGUGGGAAGCAUUGCAGGUGUAAAAGAGUCUGGCCAGUCUGUGUACAGCGCCAGUAAAGGCGAGCUAGUUGCGUUCUCACACGCUCUUGCUAAAGAAGUAGCAAGAAAGAAAAUUAGAGUGAAUGCAGUUGCACCAGUACGUCAUCAUCAUCAGGCACUUCUCAGAGGUGCUGGGACAGGAGCAGGGGACCCGCACCGUUACUCAGCCCUGGAGCAGUGCCGCCCAGGAGGGCGUGACCUCGGUCUGACGGGACUCAGGGGGCCGGGCCGCUGCAUCUGUACUAAAACCACAAGAGAAACUUCUCACUUAAAGUCAGUUGUAUCUAAGUUAAGAACUCUCAAGAGCUGA